GCGCGUCGUCUUACUCACUGGACCACCAGGGAAGUCCCCGCAAUAGUUGACGUUUGCCAGAGCAAUUUCUGUGUUGGUGGUGAAGGCGGGAGUUCCACUGCAAUAAAUGAGUGAACGAGGGAGGAGAAAAAGCCAAGAUGAGUAAAUGAAUGAAUAGAUCCAGCGCUGUGCCCUCACUUGCCCUGGGAAUUUCCAAGGCCAACGUCGGGAGUUGGUGUUGUGGAAGGACCUUCCAGACAGGGCUCUGGACGCCGCCUAGGAAACCUGUCUGCCUCGCAACCCUUAGGCGCGGCUCCAAGGUCAGGGUCACCUCUGGCCUCCAGGCAACCCGUCACCUUGACGACCAACUGAAAAAAACCGGAAAGUACGGAAGCUGUCAGAUCAUCUCGCGAUAUCUGGCGGGCCGUCGUCGGCCUUCCGGGCCUGGGAACGGAGGCGGCUCUCGCGAUAGUUGCCUGGGGUUUGAGCGCGGGGCCCGACGGUCCGGAAAGCUGGAACUGCGGGUGGGGAACAUGUCGGAUUCGGAGCUCGGCAGGAAGUGGGACCGGUGCUUGGCGGAUGCCGUCGUGAAGAUAGGUACUGGUUUUGGAUUAGGACUUGUUUUCUCACUUACCUUCUUUAAAAGAGCAGGAGCAGUGACUCAAGUCUGAGAACAUCCCGGUGGGAGGGAAAGAGAAAUCACGUUUAUUCCUCAGGAAUACUGAAGUGCCCUGGAGUAAGCUGACACUCUUCUGUAACAAUGUUAUCAGUAAUGCUUUAAACUCCAGCACACUGUUUAUGUAUUUGAAACCAAGUCUGUUUCUUGUUUUGUAUUUUCUCUCUGGAAAUUGCAAGGAGGUGGUCUUGAAAGAAAUAAAUGAAACAAAAAUAGGCA